AUGGACUGUCCGGGGAAGGAAGGCACCGGGGGAAGGCUGAGGAAUUUGACCCUGCUAAGGAACAAGCUGUACCUGGGGCAGAGGAGGAGGACGGAGCCCGUGGUGGAGAGCAGCACCACCGCCGGGGACCACGGCAACUUGAGGAGGAGUCAGUCCGACAGGACAGAGUACAGCCAGAAAUUGCAAGAAAAAAUGGCUCCACAGGCGGUGUCCUCAACCCCUGCCACCCCGCUGCAGGAGGACAAAGAAGAAGAAGAAGAAGAAGAAGAAGUCAGACGACGCAUGAUGGCCAGGAGGGUGAAAAUCAUCGCAGAACUCCUGCAGACUGAGAAAGACUUUAUCAGUGACCUGGAUCUCUGCAUCCAGGAAGUGAUUCAGCCCCUGAGAAACAUGCAGAUUGCUCGCUUUGACGUGGAUGGCUUGUUUAGCAAUGUUGAAUUGGUCCAUCAGCUAUCAGCCAAACUGCUGUCAUUGUUGGAAGAAGCCACAACAGAUGUGGAACCACCCAAGCAAAUAAUCGGGGAAGUGUUCUUGCAGAUUAAAGGCCCACUAGAAGACACAUAUAAAAUCUAUUGCUAUCACCAUGAUGAGGCACACACCAUGCUGGAAUACUAUGAAAAGGAUGAAGAACUGAAGCAGCAUUUAAGAGACUGUGUACAGUCCUUAAAAAAGAGAUAUGAAGAAGAAGGGAAGCCAAAUCUAAUGGACCUGGGAUCCCUGUUGAUCAAACCAGUGCAACGGCUGAUGAAAUAUCCCUUGUUACUCCGGGAGCUCUUGAACUCAACUCCUGCUUCUCACCCUGACCACGAGGCACUACAACAUGCCCUUUUUACUAUGAGAACCAUUAACUGGAACAUCAAUGAACUUAAAAGGAGGAAAGAUUUAGUGCUGAAGUAUAGGAAGAAUGAUGAUGAUGAAACCCUUAAAGAAAAGUUUGCCCGACUGAAUAUUCACUCCAUUAGCAAGAAAUCCAAGAGGGUCACCAGCCAUCUGAAAAUACUGACAAGGGGAGAACCUCAGGUGAAAGAUGGAACUUUUGAUAAGGAAGAAAAGCUGUUUCAAAGUCUAGAGAAGACUGUGAAAUUGUGUGUGAAGAACAUUUCGCUCUAUUCACAACAUCUCCAGGAUUCUAUACAUCUGGCUGCCCAGAAUAUAAUUGAGCUUCAGGAAAUCCUGCAAGAUAAAGAUGACAAAGUCAAUGACUGUUCGGAAAAACAGACCAACACUGCAAAUCUGUGUGAAGACUUUAUGGCUCAGCUGGACAAGCUUGUCUUGACUCCUCUCUCAGCACUGCAAGCCCUGUUUCCAGGCCCCCAGAAGCUCAUCCAGAAGCGCUAUGACAAGUUGUUGGACUACAACAGCUACAUUCAGAGGUCAGCUGGAGAAGAGCUGGAGCUGGCAAAGAAAGAAUAUGAGGCUCUAAAUGCACAGCUAGUGGAAGAACUUCAGGUAUUCAACAGAGCAGCCAAAAAGAUCGUGUUGAACUGUCUACAUUGCUUCAUCACCCUCCUCAGGAAUAUUAUGUUUGCAGCACUUCAAUCAAACUCUGCUGUCAUGGUGCCUGUUCCACUGUCCUCCUCAAGCAUCUGGGAAGUGCAUGAUCAAUUGAUAGAGGAGGUUCACAAGCUGAAUUUUGUAAAAGAAAACAUCAGUACAAUCUUUAUUGAGGGAAAAUUGAGCCUGGAAAAAAAGAAACCCGUUCCUUUUCCGCUGGAGUCCCCACGGCAGACAGAGGAGCACAGGUCCAAGCUGCUGGCCACCAACAGCACCGAGUCGCUGUACCAGGCUAAGCGCAAGUGCAACGCCGUGCAGGAAUUCGAUAUUGAUGUGCAGGAAGGAGACGUGGUGGCUGUUGUGGAGAAAAAGGACCCCUUUGGAAGCACAAGCAGAUGGCUUGUUGACACAGGAAUCCUCACAGGGUAUGUGUACUCCUCCUUCCUGAAGCCAUACAAUCCAGGCAAAGCACAGAAGGAUGCAGCAGAAAAUGGCUUUGGUGAUGAUGAUUUUGAUGACAUCAGCCUCUUUGUCUCUUCACGGCCCUCUGCUGACAGCAGCACAAGCAGUCCAGGGUACCAGAGGAGUAAGAGCUGCUCACCUUUCCACUUCUGUGAAAAUCCUGCAAUUAAUGGCACAGGGACUGGUGCUCUUCAGGGCAUGGAUGAGCAGCAGAUCUUCUAUGCUGUUUUUGCAUUUCAAGCUAGAAAUGAUCAAGAACUCAGCCUUCAGGAGUACCAGAGGGUGAGGAUACUUCGCUUUUCCGACCUGAGUGGCAAUAAGGAAUGGUGGCUAGCUGAAGCAAAAGGUCAGAUGGGAUAUGUACCAUCUAAUUAUCUAGGGAAGAUGACAUAUGCUUAGGAGGGGAAGGGCCUGUUGAGCCAGGCUCUCUGAAGCAGACAGAAUAAUCAUCUGUUAGGUUUGCUGCAAGCAAAGCAAGCUCACAAGUGAUUGACAGAAGCCAUGGUAUCCAGCACACAGAUGAUACUGAGAACCUCCAUUCUCCAAAAGCCAUCACCUUGUCAAGACCUGAGGGAGGAAACAUUUAACAGGAAGACUGAUUCUGAUUAACGUGCUGAAGAGCUUGCUUUUCUAUUACCCCAUAAUUUUCUCUUUUGUCAAAGCAUCGUGCAUCAAGACUCAACCUACAAGUACAAAUCACAGAUGAAAUUACAUUUUUCUUCCAUGAUAUUUAGCAAAUAAUAUUCAAGAUGAAGAGAAUUAGCCUUGAAAAAGGACAAAUUCAGUCAUCAGGAAUACUGUAGGCUGAGUUGUUCCUGAACUGUUAUCUCAGUGCACACAGACACAUCUUAAAACUUGAGCUUUUUUGAUUGUCUGUUUUUAUCCUCAGCUGCUUUUGUGAAGAACAUUUUUUCUCAGUGGAGAUUAUUGGAUUGGAAAAAGAAAAAGGACUUUAAUUUUAAGGAAACAUUUCAACAUUUAAGACAUACCAGGUGUGGUGGUACCAGUGACUAGUCCCAGGGAAGAAGGUACGUUUAGUUAAAUAUGGAAAUGCAGGAAGGAAAAGAGGAGACACUAAAAACAGGUACUGUGACAUGAAGAAGUUAUAAUUUUCAAAAGAAUUACCCAACUGCUUCAUAUGGUAGAAACAGUUUGUAGCAAUAUGGAAGUGCCCCAAGUUUGAAAUCCACAUAUGUCUCCACACUAACUGCUUUAGUGCAAGAUCUGUGUAGUGAAAUGAAAUCUGUGUUAUUAGUCUUGGGAAAUUCACUGGUUAAAAAAAAAAAAAAUUAGAAAAGUGAAGUGGUGCCUUUCAAUGAAUAUUUAGUGCCUCUCUGAUUCCUUAAGUCAGAUGCAGGGAUCAUAAUAUCUAGUCAAUAAGUUUCUUUAGGCUCACUGACUGCAGUGAUUCCUAGAUCAGGCUGGUGCCCAGCACUUAAGCCAGACUGAAUGGUGACAGCAAACAGCAAACCCCUCCUUGUGAUUCUCAUGGGUAUCUGAGUGCUCAACACAAGGUGUUUCACCACAGCAAUGCUGAGGUCCUCUAGUGGUUAGCAAAGACCUGGUGCAAAGCACUGCAAAAAGGAAACAAAUAUGUGAUUGUGCCUGCUGCAAAUGGUGUAACUGAAAGUACACUCCUGUCAGGUGUUUUCUGGUUUGCAUAAUUGCUUGUGCUGAUGACAAAAAUGGCAACACUGUUACAGUCAAGGGUGGGAAAGGAGAUAGUGUUGCUGAUCGAGGGUAAACAGAAAUUGUUCUAAAGCUUUUGUCUGAGUUUCUACUUCCCAUAGUUUGAAGAGUGGGGUUUGAAGAUGAAAUUAUUCAAAAUGCUUAGUGAGAUGUAAUAGAAAAUAACCUGUCAGCAAAGAAAGGAUAAGAAAAGUUAGGGCAGUUGCUGCACACAAUAGUUUCUGCUAUGCUAAUGAACCUGGUUUCAUUUUCUUUAAUGUCCUCAAUUUUCAGAUUAUUUUUAUAGAAGGGUAGAAAAAGUUGUCAGUCUUGCUCAGAGACUGAAUGCAGCAGGGGAUCACAGAGAUUAAACCUGAAAUUUGUGCUGGAUUAAAUCAUAUGACAGAGAAAGUUUUAGAGCUCUCAGAGAUAGAUAUCCAGAAUCUGAUGUGUGAAUCUCUGUGUACUGCUGCUAUCCAGUGAGCAUUAUUUUGCCUUAUUGUACAUCACCUCAGGCACUUAAAUCUUGCUGUUCCCAUAACAAGCAAAAAGGAUUAUCAAUUACUUAAUAAAUGGAUUUAGCUGCUUUUAUGGAAAGAUUCACCUUUAGUUAAAUGAAGAAAAUAAAAGUGCAGAGAGUUUCAGCUUGGAAGAAUGGACUGAAAGACUCAUUGCUACCCUUUUACUGCUUUGGCACUUAUAUUUUGAGAUUAUGGGGAAGAUACACACAAGAAAGUUUUCAGGUCUGUCUUACAAUUUAGAAUACUUUACUUGGAGAAGAUCUAUGCUUUGCAAUAGUUGAAACAAUUUUAGAAAUGGCUGAAUUGUACUUAAUAGGCUUAAUGGAGUCAUGUAAGCACAAUGAUGAAGUUUUGUAUUUCAGACAGUGAAAUUAAUCAAGGGAAAGAGGAAAUAAAAGAUUGCUGAAGUCUUAGCACUGAGAACUCAGCUUGAGUCACAGGAGAGCUCAGAUUUUGAGUGUUAGGUAGAUUCCCCAUGAAGAAUCAGACUCUGUGAAGGUGUCUCAAAGAGUACUCAAAUGCUGCUCUCCAAAAUAUAGGUAUCCUGAUCCUGAAGUAACAAGGAAUGAAGGAUGAAUAUACUGGAGUUGACCACCUGAAUUUCUGGGGGACCUGGAAAUUCCUAGUAGGCCAAAUGAAAUCCCUGUAGGAUUAGGAUCCAUAAUAAUUUUUAUAUUGUGGGAUAAUUAUACGACUUUAUUGUAGCCUUGUAACUUGGGAUCCAGUAAAAGUAUGUAAUUAUGUACCCAGGUGAAUUGGCUUAGUCCAUUUCAGAAAUUCAAAUUGUCAGCCAUUCUCAUUUGAUACUAUGAAUAUUAGCAAAUUAUUUUUUUUCGUUUAAAACAGAUGAAUGCAAACAGCAAUCACAGAAAAUUAAGAUAUGCUCCUUGAAUCUAAAGCCUUCCAAAUUAAGGAUUUACAACAAUUCAUAUUAGGCUUGCUCAGUCACACUUUUGUUAAGACAGUGCUUUAAAUACCAGAAACUGAGCUGUGUUAGGGCUCCAGAAAUUCAUAAGAAUAUGCAAUGGUUUUGCCACUGCAUUUUUUUUUAAUAUAGGGAAGGUUACAGUAUUUUAAGAGUUUUCUUAUUCUCAUUAAUGACAACACUAAUUAAUUUUGAUUGAAGCAGGGAUAGGCUGCAAUUUACUGGAUUGAUCCUGCAUUUGUUCCAAUGUGUGUUUUACUUGAGCUGUGGUGACAAUAAAUAUGUACAACUACUUCCAAGAUUGGGUCCAUUCAAACUGAAGUGCUUCUCCAUUCAGGGAAUAUUUUUAUGUUGCCAUUGAUAAGCAAGGCAGUACACAGCAGAGUCCCAGGCUCUGACCUCUGGCACCUCUGUGCUUCACCAUCUUCCCUUUGGCUGGGUGAUCUUCCAGCAGGGGCUCAGCUUUUCAAUGCAAACACAGAUUGAAGAAUUAUUCCUUCUGACUUCUCAUCUUUGGAAGCUUCACUGAGUAAUUACCUCCUUCAAGCACUCAAGUAUGCUUUUGCUGUCAUUUUAAGAUAGCUUUUAAAAAUGAAGAUAGAUGAAGUGGACCUACCACCUGCACUAGGAACACAGCCAUGAUAAUCCUUGUUCCCAUAGAUCUGUUACUGAUAAUUCCUAUUACAAUAUUGUUUGUUGAGAAGUAGUAAAAAAAGAAAUCUUCUUUUAAAUUAUUGUAAUAAUAAAAUCUAUUUUUGUAAAGAUGUUUCUUCUUAUUUUUUUAAACAUGAUGUUUUCCAGAAGCAAAGAGCUUUAUAUGCUAUCCAAGAUCUGCCUGCAAAAUAGUUGCCUCAGAUAAAAUGCUGCAUUUCUAGGGUGCAUCCUUGCUUAUUGAUAAAUACUUUAGAACUUUUAAAACACUAUCAAAAAUACUAAGAAAGUUUAAAAAUACACUUCAAGGUUCCAAUUGUCAGCAUAGCUCUGUUCUUUUCCAGCUGCUUCUGAGAUUGUAACCACUAUGAGCUGUAGUAGAUAAAAGUUUGUAAAUCACAGAGCCUUGUGUUAGACCUUCAUUUUUAGACACAGGUAUCACCAGCAUCCCCCAGUCCAGCCAGAAGGAGCACUCAUGGAACCAGAGUAACCUAUAAUUUCACAUUACUGAGGGUAUCAGAAGUUGGGCAUCUAUGAAACAAACCUUCCUAUUUAAGUGGAAAUAAAAUACUACCACACCAAUUUCUAAAACAUUUAAGAAAGUCAGGUAGCUAUUUUUACAGUAAAUCACAGAGCAAUUUGGUUUGGGGAUAGAAAAAUCACAGGACUAUUUUCCAGUUUUUUUACUAAACAGGAGGCAUGCUUCUCAAAUUUCAGAUGGGCAUUACUUCUUUCUGCCCUACACUACAUUCCUCAACCUGACACAUGACUUCAGUCAAACAAGCCUGUAGAACAGACUCCUUUCCUGAAAAUACAGUUGUUAAUUCCAUCCUAACUAUAACAUCAAAGCAGAAAGCAACUGUUUCCUUCAAUCUUCUCUGUUUUUCAGCAGUGCCUAUCUAACAUAUUCAAGCUAAACACUCGAUUUAAAAGACCUGGUCUGUGCUGUAAAUCCUUUCUGAUAUAAUACUUCAAAGAAUCACAAUCCUAACUGACAUUUUUAUACCAACAGAAGAUGACUUUGUAUUUCAUUUAGGAAGCUGGGAAAGUUACAGUGGAAGAAUGUCUUUUGCUGCUGCAAACUGUAACUGUAUUGCAGAUUUUGCUAAUGCAGUGUUAUCGAUGAGUGCAGCCACACUUUGCUUUAUUAGAGGGAAAAGAGAGGCACAAAAAGCACAGCAUCACUUGUUUCAUUCUGAAUGGAGGGACCCUACAGUCAAUCCAGGCCAGAAUUAUACAUGCAAAGACAUCAGGGUACACUUGGAAUCAGACCUCAGGAGUAUUCUAAAUGGCAUUAGCUACCACAAUUUGAGAACAAGCAUCAUUCCUCUGCCUGUGUUCACCCCAUUGGUGCUGCCUAAAGUAAGGGCACAGUUGAGAUGUAAGCUCCUGCACUCUCACCAGCAAAGCUUUGUGUCUGUUCAGAGGCAAGACAGGCACCUAGCACCUUGAACACUCCUCUGGGAGCAGCUUUUACUACUGGAAUGAACACUUCACAUAGGAGCACUUGGCCAUUUAAAGAAUCUAUCUUCACACUACUUCUUAGUGUAGGCAUCAGUCUUCUGAUUAACACUUAGGAAGAAAAUAUGCCUUCUGUUUGCUAAUGGAAACUGCAUCAGUGUCUUUUCCUACUAUGCUACCAUUAAAAACCCUCUGUGCUGGAAAGGAGGAAGGAUGGGCUGAUCAAAAAGCAGUAAAAGUCCUGGAUUCCUCCUCCUCAUGCUGUUAUUUUUGCACAGCCCUGGAAGCUGCAGGCACUACAAAGAUAAAACCUUGCUUUUUUUCCCUCCACAGGAAAUAAUAGCUGAAAAAAUAUGCAAAUUUUCCAGGCAGCUGAGGCAAUCCCGAGUAAAUUAAACUAUUCCUUUGGCUGUUUAAGGAACUAUAGCCUAAAUCUUAAUUGUGGAGAAAGGAAAUGAGGUAUGGGAAAUAGCUAACAUAUAUCAAGCUUCACACACACUAAAAAUACAGGAUGGCAAAGAGAAACAGUUGCUUUCACCUACCUAAGCCAGUCUGUGUCACCACAGAUCAUGGACAGAUGUCAGGUGCUCACCCCAGUCACUCACUCCCCCCCUCAGCUGGGUGGGGGGGAACAGAAACUAAGAUGGAAGAGACACAGGUCAAGAUAAGGGGAGUGAGAAAGCACUCACCAAUUGCCAUCAUGGAAGAUUAAUGUGACUUGUUACCCGUCAAAUCAGAGUAUGAUAAGGAGACAAUAACACUGGCCAUGCAAACCUACAGUCCAAGGUGUUUUCAUGUUUAGAGAUGCUCCCCUCAUCACAGAAGGAAUGAAGGGAAAUUGCCAUGUGCUAGACACAGAGAGCAAGACUCAAGGUCAUUUUCCAGCGCCCACCUUGAGCCAGUUCUAAGCUGAACACAGCCUGGAGCAGAUGGGAUGAAGAGAGGGAGCACAAACCAUGAAGAACAGAUCAGGGGUAACAGUGGAGAGCUGGAGUACCUGAUACUUCUCAAAUACAGGAUGGUUCUCUACAUUUUAAGAAAACUUG